GAUGGCCCCUUAGAUCACUAUAAACAUCUUUUUUUUUUCUCAAUGAAAAUAUCGGUAUUUGAUGUUUCUAAAGAUAUAUGAACGUGAAACAGUUCCGUUUUGAGAUCAUUUUGGCAUCAUGCGUCCUCUGCCCUGUAUUGUCUUGUGUUGGAUAUGGACGGCACACUUGGCAGGAUCCUUUUUCAUUCCAAAUAAGAGGAUCAUCAGGACAAGAGGCAAAGAGAGUCAAAGUAGUUUCAGUGAUAUUCUUGGGAAAAUGAACGAGCUGAUGAAUUUUGCGAUCUCAGUUACCAAAACGUCCAGGAGACCAAAAGCAGAUGUUGUUGAAAAGAAAGUGACUGGGAUUGUUUGUCCAUCUUACAAAUGUUCGGAUAAGAUAGAACCCGGAUGUCGGAAGUCCGUCUAUUACGUGAUUCAAGGACAGCGAUGCAUGGGCUGUGAUGUAGACAUUUGCAAAGUAGAGAGAAGGCGAGAAAAUGCCCGGAUGCCCUUCAAACGUUCAAAUAUCAACGAAGACGGGGCAAUUGAACAAAGAAUAUCUGUAAACCCCUUUAAUUUUGAGAAUAGAUGGGCUUUCAGCAGAAACGGUCGUGAACAGUUUGAUCGUUCUAAUUCUCUGCAGUCGGUGUUGGCGGAUUCAGCUGCGGAUCGGCUGCCACCCGGAUCCGAGAACAGCUGGAUUACCGGAUCAAUGUUUUAAUCAAGUGGCCGAAAUAAUGAUCAUUAAAAUUCCACAAACUUCUUAACAGCAGUAAAAGCCAGGGGUUGCUAUUUUUAUUAGGCAUCAAAUGCCUGUUCAAUAAGACACUGAAGUUUUAACUUAGAUGCAUGUAUCGCUUACCGUAUUCUGCAAAGUCAUGUCACUCGGAAUAAUAAAAUAAUGUUGUGUGCGUUAUAU